AUGCCAAGCCCCACCCAGGACAUGCUAAAUGUCAUGGAUAGACUCCGCCUCGCUGAACUAGAUGAGGAUGUCAUCUGCAUCUCCAACUCCAGCGUCCUCGCUACCCAGGCUGCUGAGCUGCUCGCCCACGAAAGCACCUCCCACCUCGAGAGACUCCUAUUAACCAUCACCAUCGGCAUCGUCAACCAAAAUGCGAUCCUUAUCCGCCGGUUGGAAGAGCUCACAGAAGAGCAUGAGAAAACUGCCUCCCAACUCACCACCAACGGCAACAAAGUGGACAGGGCUCACGACCGCAUCAGCACUCUUCCUAGAGCCGCCCCACCCCCACCGAGACGGCAAUCUGCUGCCAGGUCAAACAGAACCAUCCCCCAGCUGCAGACCCGCUCUUAUAUCCAGGCUGCCCAAGACACCCUCUACCAAUGGCAGCAAGUCCCCCAGAGAAGCACCCCCGCCAAGAAGCCCAACGCAAAAGAACCAGGGCGAAAAACCCUUCCCGCCGUCCAACGCCGCUUUUUCGCGACCAGACAAAAACCUGAACCCAUCGAAUCCCCGGAGACACUGGCCGCUGAACUAUCAGUUACAUUCGGAAAGUUCAUGGCCUCCCAAAACCAAGUCGCCCCGGUCACCGCACUCACCGUCACCAUUAACCAGAGAGGAGCCGUCACCAUCCUCUCAGCCCCCACCGUCCCCUCAUCAGUCUACGCCACAUUCUUCGAAGCAAUGACCGCAAUCCUAAAUAACAGGGUCAACACUGAACACAACCCCUUCAAUAAUUUCAGACCCGCCCCUACAGAUGUGGACAUUGCCAUCCACGGAAUCCCCCUAUUCGACCGCAAGACAAAAGAGGCCCUAAAUGCCAAGUUCCCCGAGAUCUUCCUCCUCGCCUCCGGCAUCGCCCCGAUCGCAACUCGCUUCCUUCACCCCAACGACACCGAACGUAACAACCCCGCAAAUGCACAGUCAUGUGGUCCGCCUCCCCCAUCACAUAAUGCAAGAAGUGCUACAAAUUCGGACACCCUGAACAAGGCUGAACACACCUGCCCCGUCAACUGCAAUGGCCGCCGCUACGAUAACAUCGGAUGCUGCACGGCAGUACGCGCUAAAUGCGUAAACUGCGAUGGCGCCCACGCCUCAACCUCCAACAACUGCCCAGCUCUCACAGCCCUUAUUGAGAACAAUAGGCUCAAGAGACCAGCUGCACCAACCACCCCAGCCCCCGCCACCAACCAGUCAGCCACUGAAUCACCCGAAGUACCCAUGCCGGAUGCCAACACAGCUGCCCCAACCACCCAAACCGCUUAG